UAUCAAAGGUCUUGUGUGACGUGUCAGUGUAACAAGGAAGACGACUAUUCAUCUACAAUUCAAGAGAUUUCCUCUGAAGCUGGAGACAGACCAUCUUCCGCAUUUGAGAUAAUAUUUGCAGGGAUUGUGGGCGUGCUCAAGAUGGUGCUUUCCGAUUUCUUGACGGAGACCAGAAGGCGAUGGCUUAAGGCCUUCAAAUUGUUCAAGCGGAACAAGAGCCGUAAGAACACACGGAACCGCAUCUCUCCGGAGCUGUGCCGCUCCCCGUCAUACAGCGGCACGGUGGACGCCCGCGCAGACAUCGACAUCCAGCGCUUCUGUGCGUGCAGGGCCUCCCUCCCACCGCUGCACAUCUCCAGCGACUCCUACGAGAACAACUCCUACUACAGCAGCUACAACAGUUACAACAGCUCGAGGAUCGACAGCCUGGAGAGCUAUGGCACCAACGAAUCCAACAGCGGCAGUGCUCGAUCAGACUCUGCGUACGACUCGGCCAGGUCCAGCCCCGAGCACGCCAGGGUGUGCUACGCGACCGUCACCUACUUCAACGUGAAUGACAGCGAGGACAGCAGCAGUAUCCGCACGGAGUACACACUCCUGGAUGACACGGAGGCCGACCGGCUGGCCGAGCUGGACGACAUGGAGCACCUGGACGAGGACGAGCGGACGCAGAACAUGAUCAACGAGAGCAUCGAGCUAGUGAGCACGUUAUGAAGUGAGCGCGACGGACACUGGCUUACAAUAUCAUUUGGGGUUUAGUUAGGCUCGCUGUUGAGCGUUCCAUUCCGGAUUUGGAAGCGUGUGUGAUACUCGGUGCGUGAUCGAUGUAGCGAAAUUAUUCAGUUUUGAUAAGCGAGGACGAUGAAUUGAUAAUGUAUUCGUAUCUAAGGGACUUCCUUCGUGGGUAUACCUACUAUGUAUUUAUAUAUAGUAAUCUGGCAACUCUAAGCUACGUUGUAGAACAUAAGGAUUAUUGCUAAGUCGUUACAGGAAUUUCUACCGACUUUUACUCUGAAAAUCCUGUUACGUAUUUUUAAAUUGUAAAUUGAAAUUAUUUCCCUUGAAAUAACCGAUUGAUUGACGUAAUUGGCUUUUACUAAAGGUCCUUAUUAGCGGCCGCUCAGUGGGACAGUCAUUUGCCUCGCGAUGAUUUUAUUGAAAUGUUUUCCUUAAAGCACUUCACAGUUAUAAUGGAAUGGUUUGAAGCGGAUAAUGUAGAAAUAUUGCGAGAGUUUUCAAUUUUGUAAAAUUACAUUAUUUUUGUUGUCAGGAGAGCUCUUUAUACGAGGAAGAUAACGAUUUCCUUUCAUGUUCCUUUGAUGUUACCUGUCAAGGCCGUAUGUAUUGUUGUUCCUGUUUGAUUUCGUUUACCUACUCCACUUUGAGUUAAGGCUUACAACCAAACUGCGAAGGCAGUCUUUUGCGCAAUAACCGUUGAUCCACGAAUUAACUUUACAAAAGAAAAUAAAACUUUUGACGAAGUGCUUCAAGUUAUUAUCUUGUUUCGUCUUUCUUUGACUUUGCUUUGUCAUGAUUUCGAUUAAUUUGUAAAAUUAGUUAUCAGAGCGAGCAAUAUUCUGGAAAAUUUAUAAACUAAUGCCGCAGUAGAGGUCGGUAGAAACCACAGGAACGUAAUACAUUUUCAUUAGUUUCAAUUUUGGUAGGAAUAUAAACUGUAAAAUGGGAAUACUCACUUGAACAAGUUGAAUUACUGUUUUGUAAAUAAAUAGUUUAUUAGUACGUCAUAUUUCAUGGAACUGGAUGUUUCUCUUGAUAAAUUGGCUUCAGUGUCAAUAUUUAUCGCGAUACGAACGAACUAUUCAUGACUUUUGGUUUUAGUUGUGUUUCAGUUUACAUUUAGAGGUUGUAUUUGAAUUUAUACACGGUUUCAUUUUGAUUUUCAUGUCUUAACAAACUCUAAACAUUAAUGAGUCGUUUACAGACAGAGGUGGAUCAAAAGAGUAUAUCUUAUGAAUUCUUCGAAUCGAAAUUAUAUCUAAACAUUGGAAUAUUUACUAACAACAUGUAAAAGAUAUUCUAGAUUUUAUGUAACAGAUAUCUAAUUUUAGUCCUGUCCCUAAAUAAACAUCGCGACAUAACAAAUAUUGUCACUUGCACAAAAUUGGACAUGUUUAGUUUACCAAAGUAAAUGUGAUACUAUAAGUUUAUGUAAUACGUUUAAGAUAUUGAAAUUGUAUAGUUAUAUAUAUGUCUGUUGAUCUCAAUGGUGUAAAUUUUAAUAGUACCUACGUUUGCGUCAUCGGUGGCAAUGCCAUGGUGAUUAAGUUCGCUGGCAACUAGUUUUUUUCGAGAUGCCGCCAUGACGCACAAAGUGUAUGAAACAAUUCUACUCAUAAAUAAAUUAGGAUUAAUAAAAUUUAAAGUUUUUAAUA